GCAAAACGCAUAUUCACAUAAUCUCUCCGUAUUUUUUUUUGUUUUGAUCAAACAAUCUCUCUCUCCGUAUAAUCAUGCGUUUUUCUAAUACACUAUUGCUUCUAAUUCUAUGUUUCCUCGUAAUUAUAUGGACCGUCCGUUCCGUACCACCAGAACCACCGGUUCGAUGCGACCAAACCGGCUGCACCGUUUCGAACGCGUACGGCGUGUGGCCUGACCGGAAAAACUGCAACGCGGCAAACGUCACAUACCCAACGACGGAGGAUGAGCUUAUCAAAGCCGUGGCUUACGCGUCUGAGCACAAUCUCAAGGUCAAAACCGUAACGAAAUUCUCUAGCACCAUACCGAAACUCGCUUGUCCUUCCGGUUCAGAAGCAAUGCUAAUCAGCACUUCAAAAUACAACUCGGUUAUCGAAAUCGAACCGGACCGGUUAACGGUUACGGCUGAUUCGGGAGUUUCGUGGAGAGAGCUGAUCGAUAAAGUGGAAGGAGCUGGGUUUAGCAUCGUACCGUCACCUUAUUGGGAAGGAGUGAGUAUCGGUGGUCUGAUUAGUACUGGGUCCCACGGAAGCUCGUGGUCGGGACGAGGCGGUUCGGUUCACGACCAUGUUGUCGGAAUCAACCUUGUGGUCCCUGCUACUUCAUCAGAAGGUUACGCAAAAGUUGUUAGUAUUGAACAAGGGAGAGAUGAUGAGCUUCUUAACGCCGUUAAAGUAUCAUUGGGUGUUUUAGGAGUCAUCUCAAAGGUCAAGCUUUCGAUUGAGAAAGCAUUUAAGAGAAGUAUAACGUAUAACUUCACGUCCGACGUGGCUCUUGAAGACAUUUUCAUGGAGCAUGGUAAAAAAUUCGAGUUCGGAGACAUAACCUGGUAUCCUUCUAGAAAAACUGCGGUUUACCGUUACGAUCUCCGAUCACCGGAAGAUGUUUCCGGCAACGGAGUCAACGACUUUAUUGGUUUUCAGUCCAAUCCAAUCUUGAUCUCCAAAGGGGUUCGAGCAUUAGAGAAGGCACUUGAAACAUCAAAAAGCGAGAAUGGGAAAUGCAAGACGGCGGAUACUACUUUGGCCUACAAGAAAUUAACCGGAAACGGUUUAAAGAACAAUGGUUUAUUCUUUACCGGAUAUCCGGUUAUCGGGAGCCAAGGAAAGCUCCAAAGUUCUGGUUCUUGUCUCUACUCCUCUUCAUUUAGAGUUGAUGUCUCUUGCUCAUGGGACCCGAGAUAUAACGGUCUUUCAUUCUUUGAAACGACUGCUAUAUUCACCGUUUCAAGGUUUAGAGACUUUCUCCUCGACGUAAAGAAGCUACGUGACUUGAAACCUGAGAGACUUUGCGGGAUUGAUAUCUAUAAUGGUAUUCUCAUACGUUUUAUAAAAGGCUCUAAGGCUUAUCUCGGCCAAACAGAGGAUUCUGUGGUCAUUGACUUUAAUUAUUACCGAGCUGAUGAUGCGUUGACCCCGAGGUUGAACCAAGAUGUGAUGGAGGAGAUGGAGCAGAUGGCGUUUGUCAAAUACGGCGCGAAGGCUCAUUGGGGGAAGAAUAGGAAAGUGGGUUUCUUUGGCGUGAGGCAAAAGUUUGGACCUAACUUUGACAAAUUCUUGGAAGUGAAGAACAAGUUAGAUCCUAAGAUGAUGUUCUCUAGUGAAUGGUCAGAUGAGAUUCUGUUUGGGAGAGAAAGUUUCAAGCAUGAUGGAUGUGCACUUGAAGGGAAUUGCGUGUGUUCAGAUGACAAACAUUGUAGCCCUUCUGAAGGUUACUUUUGUAGACAAGGCCUUGUUUAUGCACAAGCUAGGGUUUGCAGAUUCUCCUCGGCUCAAGUUUGA